GUAUCGAAAGCAAACAGCAUUUUUCUCUUUCGUCGUGCCAAAAGUGUAAUUCAGUGUCGGAUUCGGCGUUGGUGUCGAUGAGCAGCGUCUGUCGGCCGAGCCGCCAGCGAUUCGGCCGAAGCUUCGGCGCUGCUGCGACGACGAGCAGCGACGGCGGCGUCGAAUGGCGCCGGCCAUCACCGCGACGAGCGACUCUCACUCGGUCAAGCUGGACGAGGAGGGCGGCCAGCAGGCCCGGCCCGCGGGGGCCCACGCGCCCCUGCCAUCGCCCGCCAAGUCGCGCCCGGCCGCCGCCGACGAGCCGGAGCCGCUCCUCUCCGAGGAUGACCUGUUGCAAGUUUUGAAGACCAUGGAGAAGGGCGAGGCAUUGGGCCAACUGCUGGGCCUGGAGCUCCUGGAGGCGGCCGGCCCCCGCGCCGACGACACGGAGGCCCGCCUCCUGGAGGCGGUGGCGCGGCAGCAGCACCUGCAGCGCCGGCUCGAACGCCUCCAGCGGGGGGUGCGCAAGAAGCAAGCCAGGAAUAUCGGCCUCCACUCCUCUCUGCAGAUUUACGAAAUGGUGACAACGACCAAAGCGUUGCUAAAGGCCCGUGGCGCCGCUCUUCGACUCCACGGCGCUGCUGCCCCGGAUGACAUACUCGAUCCUGAUCAUGUUAAUGGGAUGUCGCAGCGUGCCCUGGCGAGCCUGGUGAAGCAGUUGUCGUCCGGUGGCGGCUCCGGAGCUUCGGCGACGGUGGCCGCGGCGUUGAGCCACGAGCAGGCGGCCGCCCUGGCCGGCGGGAGCGGCCAACUGGGCCAGCGGCUGCAGCACGUGGAGGCCGCCUUCGACUCGGACGCGACUGCCUCCAGCAGCGGCGGCGACUCGGCCGACGAGGCCGCUUCUUUUCCCUAUCACAACACUGCCAAGGCCCCCAUCCAUAAGCGGGCUGCUUGGCGUUUUGCCCGAGAACGCGCGUCUGCAGCGAGCAGGUGGGCGUGGCUGACGGCCAACAUUGCCGAAUUGGAGUACCGAAUUCGCCAGCUGAACGACUACCAGCGCCAGGUGCGCAGCAACAAAGGUGCUGUCGCGCUCAAGGACGCUCGGGGGGCACCGGAGGCCCCAGAGCACCUCGCCAGCCGCGUCGCACCCCUCGACCUUGCUGCCUUCCGCAAGAGAAAACUCUUCGUGCCCGGAAUGCUCACUCCUAAAACGGCUAAAAGGGCCUGUUCAGUGGCGGCGCAGCCGCCGUGCUGUCGGGACUCGUGUUCGAUGCCGUGCGUGCUGUGCUUUCCGAAAAAGGGCGUCGGCGGCGCCGGAGGCGCGUCGGCGUCCGACGUCGGCGGCCGGGAGACGCUGCGGGAGCGGGCGGCGCGCCUCGACCCUGCGGUGCACCCGGUGUUGUCGGCCAACAGCGACGUCGGCCGCUCGCUGCACAUGGCCGCCACACUGCGCAUGCCCGGCUGGCAGCAGGCGCAGCUGCGCACCAGAGGCCUCGCCCUCAAACGCCUGCCGCGCACCCCUGCGGACCCCAAUGCGGCCGCCAGUGGCGCCACGCCCGCCGCCAAGAGGAAGUACAACAAGAACAGCUCCCACGCCAACGCUAUAUCUGCCAAGUUGCGGAAAAAGGCGAAAGCGAAGGUGCGGACCAAGGUGAAGCGCGUCGGCGGCGAGGGCUCGCGGGACGGCCCCUCGAAGAAAGGAUCGUCAGGCGGCGUUCGCGUCAAGAAAGUGUCUUGCUCGCUGGAGGAGGCCUCCCAGGCCUCCGGAGGUGGCACGGGGGCCGGCGCCUCUGCAGGCUCGUCCGCCGCCGGCUCGCAGGGCCUGCUGCACGAGCUGCGGCGAAAAAAGCGCGAGAAUUCUUACGACAUCGACAACAUCGUCAUCCCAUACUCAAUGGCCGCACUCACGCGAGUCGAAAAGCUCGAAUACAAGGAGAUUCUCACCCCAAAGUGGCGCGUGGCGCAGGUUGCGGUGGCAGCGAAGAAGGCGGUGAAGACGCCGCGGCCGUCGACGGACGAGAGCGAGGUGGAGGACAUCAGCGACGAGGCGGUGACGCUGCGUCACGAGCCGCUCGAGCUGGAGGAGCGCCGCAAGUUCCGAUGCGUGCCGCAGCGCAGCGCUGCCCGCAACAAACGCACCGACAGCCGCGCCGAGAGCUCCGGCGCCAACACUCCAGACCCGAUGUCUCCGAGUAACUUUGGCGGAGGCGGCGAGGGGCUGGACUCGCCCCUGACGUCGCCGCGAGCGACGCCGCUGCCCCUGGAGGAGCUGGGCCGGAGCAAGGAGCGCGUCCGGCGGCGCACCGCCUCGCUGCUGCUGCUGCAGGACGCCCCCCAGCCGCCCCCACUGCCGCCUCCCUCCACAGAGGAAUGUGCGCCUGGUUUCGAGCCUCGCGUUUUCCCCCUAACAGACGAGCAGUGCCAGCAAUUCCUGGACCCCGACGGCGACGACGAGGAGCCCCCGGCGCCAGCGCCGGCCCCCGCGCCCGACCUUCAGGUGAGACCUGAGCUUCCGUUCAAUGACUGGACUAAACCCUUGGAAACUGUCAAAGAGGCGAUAGAGGAGAAGGGCCCGUCCACCUCAGGGGAGGGGGCCGCAGGUGCGGUGGUGGGGCCGCCAUCGCCGUGCAGCAGCGCCUCGACGGAGUCUGCCCUGCCGGAGGACGAUCCCGAGUGGACCCUGGACGAGCCUGAAGACGACGACGAAGACGAAGACUUCAAACCUCGCGGAUCUCAGUGACCUUCCCCUCCUUCACCUGAGCCACUUCCCCUCCUAGUAGCCAGCCCUGGCGUUUUUCCCCUGUCGUUGGCUUGUUCAUUUGUUUCCGCUUCGCCAACAAACAAUGAUCAGAGGGUCCCAGGGCUACCCUUACAAUUAGCCCGCCCUUCGUUCCCCCUCUCCUUUCCUCCCCUCCCUGGCCACGUGCUGAUUGUCAGACUGUAAAUUUGUCUAAAUCUUUAUGUACUUUAUGCCGAUCGCUGAAGGAUGUGUACAGUUUUCGAGUCAGAGAGAAAUAAAAGGCAGAGAGACGAACCGCCCGCCA